CCCGGAGGAGCUGCUCUCACUCCGAUGCCCAAGUUCACAAACCGCUGGCAGUGAGCGCAGACUGUGGAUGGGCUGUCCCCGUGUGCGUCUUCUUACUAUUGUUUGGCUUCGGAUCGCCAGACCGACGACUGAUCCACUCGAGCCUACGUCUUUGUUUACAGGCUAGGACGGACUCAAACAUUUAAACUUUUUAAAAACAGUGUUUUAAACAUUUUCCGGCUUUGUUUCCUCUCUAUCCAGAUUGAUUUUUUUGUUGAUGGCGCGGUCUACCCAAGAUGGACACGGGUUGUCUGCUGGUUAGAGACUAGAUAACGGCUUCACCCUUUCAUUCUAAAUGUAGAAUUUAUUUCAUUAUCCGCUGCAGACGUAUUAUUUAUCAAGUGGAUGUAACCAGACUGGGUCAUUUCCACCCCAGAAGUCACAUCCUAUAAUGAACAUUUUCCCGCUGAAGUUUCGGUGAACUUUUUCCCACGACUCGCCAUGUCGGGAGUUGUCCGCACCCUGAGCCGCUGCCUGCUCCCGUCCGAGGCCAGCCGGGACACGGGCAGCAGCAAGGAGAGGAGCCGGGAGAGGGACGCGGCGCAGGAGCGCGAGGCGCGGCGCAGGAGCCGGGAGAUAGACGCGAUGCUCGCCCGGGAGAGGAGAGCCGUCCGUCGGCUGGUGAAGAUCCUCUUGCUCGGGGCCGGAGAGAGCGGAAAGUCCACAUUCCUCAAACAGAUGCGCAUCAUUAACGGGCAAGAGUUUGAUAAAAAAGCACUUCUGGACUUCCGGGACACUAUCUAUGAGAAUAUACUGAAGGGCAUGCGUGUGCUGGUGGACGCUCGGGACAAGCUGGGCAUCAGCUGGCAGAGCUGCGAGAACGAGAAGCAGGGCAUGCUGGUGAUGUCGUGGGAGGGACGCGUGGGCGGCUCGGGGGUCGAGCCGAGUGAGUUUCAGCUGUACGUGAUGGCACUGAGCGCGCUGUGGGCCGACACCGGCAUACACGAGGCCUACGCACGACGCUCCGAGUUCCAACUGAGCGAGUCGGUCAAAUACUUCCUGGAUAACUUGGAUCGGAUUGGUCAACUGAACUUCAUCCCAAGCAAGCAGGACAUUCUGUUUGCGAGGAAGGCGACGAAAGGCAUCGUCGAGCACGACUUUGUCAUCAAGAAGAUCCCUUUCAAGAUGGUGGACGUCGGGGGGCAGCGGUCCCAGAGGCAGAAGUGGUUUCAGUGUUUCGACGGGAUCACAUCGAUACUCUUCAUGGUGUCAUCGUCAGAGUACGAUCAGGUCUUGAUGGAGGAUCGAAGGACAAACCGUUUGGUGGAGAGCAUGAAUAUCUUUGAGACGAUCGUCAACAACAAGCUCUUUCUCAACGUGUCCAUCAUCCUCUUCCUCAACAAAACAGACCUGCUGGUGGAAAAGAUCCGCACAGUGGACAUCCGCAAGAACUUCCCCGAGUUCAGAGGGGACCCACGCAGGCUAGAGGAUGUACAGGCGUUCCUGGUGCAGUCGUUCAGCCGCAAGAGGAGAAACCGGGGGAAGCCGCUCUUCCACCACUUCACCACUGCGGUGGACACAGAAAAUAUCCGCUUUGUCUUUCACGCCGUCAAGGACACCAUCCUGCAGGAAAACCUCAAAGAUAUCAUGCUGCAGUGACCUUCGGGCUGCAGACGACGGCUUCUCUUGACUGUAAACUGUGAAACAAGCCGUGAAUCCGGGCCUGGAGGACGCAGCAGCCCACAAGCGCAUAAUUAACACUGUCCUGUGGAGGAGUUGGUGGAUUUAACUGAACUCUGAACCUGUGGGGCCCCGAUGUGACUCUGGACCUGUUGGCCCCUGUGGAAACUGUGAGGGUCGUAGAGGACAAGACCCUGAAUAUAACCUGUAUGAAUGUGUGUGUGUAUGUGUGUGUGUGUGUGUGUGUGUGUGCUGGAAAGACAGUCACCUCCUUGUAGCUGUGGUGUUCUCGCCUUCAUAUACAGGUUAGAAAAUGUUUUUAACAAAAGAAGAGACAAAUAGAGAAAAGCACCAACUACAUGACAUGAGCACUGAAAGUGUUUUUUUUUUCUAUAUGACUAUUGACAACCCUGUCACUAAACAUAAAAGUCAGACUGCUGCCGGGUGAGGUGAGGCAGGAUCAAGCUGUGUGAGCAAAAAGCAGGAGGCAGGAAGGAUUUAGGAAAGUUAAGAGCGUGCUGAAGAAUGCCUUGUCCUAGUGUCCACGUGACAGAGGGAGCGGGGUGAGGGUUUGGGCUCAUACUGGUCAUAUGCUGUGUUAUGUGAUAAGCACAAGUGUUCCUGUCAGUGAACUUUAACAGAGGAAAAAAAGAUGAGUCUCUCUCUCUCUCUCAUGCUCCCUGUUUUCUCCUGGGCUGCCUAUCUUUUACCUCUUGUGUUUAUUACUCCCGCCAUCGUACAAGAGACGAACAGCUGCAGAUAGCAAGUCUUAUCCUACAACUCUCCUCUGCAGCACAAUAGACGGACUGUUCGUCUCCUCCCUCUCCAGCAGAAAUGGGAGACGGUCAAAUUAGAGACUCUCCUUAGUUUGAAGAAACACAGAAACACACAGCUCCUGGUCUUGCCUGAAUUAUGGCCCAUCUCUAUCCCACUGCCUUUCUUCUAUUUCCCGCUAACAUCCCAGUAAAAGUACCACAACAGCCUAGACUUAACUUGAGGUAUAUGAUAAGUAUCCCCUUUACAAGAAGGCUCUGGUAUGCGGCUACACUAAUAGUUUUUUUUGUUCUGUAAACGUGAAGGGAAGAGCAGAGACUGACAGGGUUGAACUGUAAAUGACCUAGUUACCAUGUUGCGGGCGGCCAUUUUGGACUUCUGUAGCAGUCACAAUGGGAAUUGUGCCGAGAAGAUUAGCACAAAACAAGUCAAACACACCAGAUUGAACAAAAACACUUACGCAGAUGAUACACAAUCGCUUUCUUUCCUGCACCGAGUCUGGUACUUUCUAUACACCUUCGAGUUACCGUAGGAAAAAAACGGUUUUAUAACAUUUGUAUGUUUCGGUCUAGUGCUGCAACAGCUACUUGAUUAAUCAAUUAGUCAGUCAGCAACAUUUUUGAUCAUCAAUUGAUUGUCAUUUAUCAAGCAAACAUGCUGGUUCCAGCUUCUCAAAUGCAACAGUUUGCUGUUUUUUCCUGUGUUAUAUCAUUGUGUUUGAAUUUUGGACUGUUUGUUGGGCGAAGCAAGUCAUUUAAAGACGUUGGCUAGUGUUUACUAUUUUCUGACGCUGUUCAACAAUGAAAAAAAAAAAAAAAAAAAAAAAAAAAAGGACUGUUUAAUGUGAAAGGGGUUGUCGUUAGCGAUGAACCCACAGGGAAUUAUCGCCCUGAACUUUAUAGAACGUUUUAGUGUCUUUCAGCUAAAUGUUUUGGUUUUACAGCCGGCAACUUAGUUCCCUCAAAACCACUUCACACUUCCUGUCCAGCUCCAAACAACCGACAGACACUGCUAGCAGUUAGCUGGUGAACACAGUGGAGCAUCUAGCAGCUAAAGAGGCAGAUAUGUUCCUCAAGAGUUGGUUGAGACCAGAAACACGACUAUAAACGUUCUCCAAAACACUCUUCAUAUCGACUGAUAACACACUCAGUGGCCACUUUAUCAGGUACAUUGUCUCCAGCACCUUGUUGAGUGCAUGCCUCAAAGAAUUCAGGCUGUUCUGGGUCCUACCAAGAAUUAGAAAGGUGUACCUAAUAAAGUGGCUACUCUGUGUGUGUCUUGAUGUUGCGUGUCCACAGCUUUUGGCCUAAAAACAAUAACCAAGAGAUUAAUAAGUAAUGAAAGUAAUCACUAGGUGCAGCCCUAUUUCACCAGUGACAGUCAGCUGGUAAUGUAGCAUAAAGAAAUAGUCCUGUUGCUAUGUUUACUUGCAGUUUGGUGGUUAAACUGUUGAUCAGAACUCUGUCUCAGAUGUCCUGUUAUAUGAUUUUAUUGAAUACCUGCCAGCCAACCAGAAACAUGCAUCUCCAAAAUCCUUUCAACCCAUAUCCUUCCAAUCAGUUUACAUGUUGUCAAGCGGAGAAUUGACGAAAAGAAAAUGUUUGAUUCCCAACAUUUGCAUGAUUUGGUACGCAGCAGUAGGACACAGCUGGGCUGCUCCUCCCACACUGAGUAUUAAGCCCAAAUGGCCUCGAGGGGAAUGAGGCGGAUCAUGAGCACUUCCACACGCCUUAUUAUUAUUAUUAUUAUUAUUAUUAUUAUUAUAAUACUGUGUACCGGUAAUUUGUAUGUAUUUGCAUAGUGACUUAAGGCCCUUUUUGUGCAUGUUCAUACAUCUUGUACAGAGAAUACUGUAAGUAUUUGACUGACACUGUGUGUAAGAUGGUAACCGGACAAUACAAACACCACUCUGUCUAACAGUAUCACUGUAACUGUAACGUUGCUGUAACAUUUGUCGUUAACUAACCUACCUUUACCACUCACGCAAGUUUUUUUGUUUUGUUUUUUGUAAGUGUCGUCAUUGCACUGGAUGCGUCCGUGAGAAAACAACCAGAAAGGAAAACGUCUGGGGAACAUGAAACAAACAAGAUGAACGGCAGACAUGGCGGGCAGAAUGAGAAGAGGGAGGUCUUCUGCUUUUGUUGGGUUUUUUUGUUUUUGUUUUGUUUCCCAGUGCCUUGGCUUUGUGCUCUGUGGUGAAAUACACUGCCGUUUGCUGACAUGUUGUUUUUUUAUUUUCUCAGUGUGUGGGCGUCUGCGUGUGUAUACGGCAAAGCAAGAGGUCAAAACUUUCUGUGUUGGAAAGUUGUUGAAAGAUUAGAAGAGCGGAGGGAGAAAGCAGAGGAUUAAUACAAAAUAAAAAAAUGUUUUGAGCUAAAUUCAAUAAAUUCAAUAUGUUUUUCUAAUGUCCCGGGGCAGUUUUAUGAACAUGAGAAGCCCUCUUUGCAAAGCCAGAAAGCAGAGAGCUGAUAAGUACUGAUGUAAAGCCUGCAGGCUAACCGUAUUGGCUUUCAUUCCACAUAAUGUAAUAUGAUGCUCAUCAGCUCGAGCUAUCACACCGCUGGGCACAACAGCAAAGCUGAAGUCUGGCAGUAUCGCUGUUACCCAGCAGAGUCUGACCUUUGCUUUGGCUUUUAAUCAGAGGAGCUCUGAUACAUAACAGACUGCACGUCUCAAGAGAGAGGGAGGGAGCCCAGAAACAACUAGACCAGAGUGUUUA